CUUAGGCAAUUACUUAAAACCAAAGAUUAAAAAGUUACAACUCCGAUAUGAUCUGUGUGUGUGUGUUGGAGCCUUCAUCAGUUCACUUUCUUCUUGGCCGUGAUGGUGAUCCAGUGGGUUUCACAUCUCUUUCGUUUCCGUCCAAGUCGAAACAGAGGAUUCGGUCUGUUCCCAGAUGACAUCUUAGUUGACAUUCUGAGCAGGCUUCCCGCCGACGCCGUUCUGCGGUGCCGCAGAGUGUGCCGGCACUGGAGGACUCUAACUUCAUCCGCUGAUUUUGUCGCGCUGCAAAACCAAAGAGCUCCCUCCGUUCUUCUCCUGCAGGGCCGCCGACUCGGUUUGCUCGCCAAAACAGAUUAUUUUGUCUACGACGCACUUGCCAAAGAGUUGAGAAAGAUUCCUUUCAAGUCUAGGCUCGGCUUUGAGGGCCGUGGCAAAACGAUGGAAAACGAAACCAUCUCCUUACGCGGUGCUUGUGGUCCCUUACUUCACCUUAAGGCUUCAGGUUACUACAACUGGACGAGGGGGGUCCACAACUUCGCUUUCAACCUCAUCACCCGACAACUAGGGGCUUUAAAAAUGAGGAAAGGCGAUUUCGUGUGCGGCUUAUUCUUUAACGAGGCGAGAAGCGAGUACAAUUAUCUUAGCUUUCGCUUUCUUGGUGAUAAGUCGGGUCGGUUUUACGUCUACAGUUUAGAUUCCCGCACUGACGUGGAAAUCGCAUGCAGCCCUUUCUUGUUUGGGAGAUGCUCAAACCAAAGCCCAGUCGUCGCGAACCGAGCCGUGUUUCUUAUGGUGGAACGCACUGAGCGGGACGUUAACCGCUGCAUGCACGCGAUACUCGUGUUCGAGAUGGAUUCUGGAAAGUUCUACAACAUGCCUCACCCGCAAUUCGAAUGCCCCGGUACGGGUCUUCAUCAUUUUAGCCCGUACUCGUAUUUGUUUGUUCAUGAUGGCCAUUUGUGUCUCGGCCGUAGAGACAUUGAACUGGGGCUACUCUACACAUGGACUUUGGUGGAUUACGCAAACUGGUCGUGGGCCCCUCUGGGUCCUACGAUUGCUCUCCUCAUCCCGAAAGGCCCUACGGGUGGGGCCCGUUUCACGAUCCUUAGCGUGCGAAAGGAUGAGUUGUUAGUAUAUUGGGAUCCAUCUCUGUUUCUCGUCAACGUGAAGGACGAGAGUGUUGAAGAAAUCAAAUUGCCGUAUAAAUGGUUGCCUUCCAGUCUUUCUUUGGUUGCGUACCGGAGCACGCUCGCAGCUCCACGUCUAGUUUGGGACGAAGGAAAAUCUCCUCUCUUUAGUCUCUAAUAAGUGUGCCAAAAAAUCAUACCCUCAUACUUUUUAAUUACUCUAUAUGCACCAAAUUCCAAAAAAAAGAUUAUUAUAGUGAAUUAUAUACAAUGAGUAGCUAGUAUAUUAAUAUUUUUUUCAUAUGAGCAUUAGUUUUGUUUUGUUGUGAUAUAAGCUUUGAAAUAUAUAUACUCUCUUCGCCCCUGAAAACCUCUCUCCUUUUUUUUUCAUCCGUCCCAAAAAACACUUUUUAUUUCUAUUAAAAAGUCACUUUUACC